AAGACAUCUUGGAUCAAAAGGAUGACCAACACAUCAGAGCAAAGAUAAAGAUUUAAUAAAAGAAAAAUAAUCAAAAUCAUAGCAACUUUAAAAAGUACAUACGGACAAAUAUUCACACACAAACAAGAAAAUGUUAUCCACCAACUCAAACAAACCUUCCCCUUGCAGCAGCUUGCGAACACAGUUGACGUCCAUCUUCUUGAUAUUUGUUAUCUUUGCACUAUUAACCGCUUCUAGCCACCAAUCCAAUGUGCCCGAUUAUGAUGUCGACGGCGGUGGUGGCGAAUUGGGGACAAGUGGUGGAAGUACUGGUAGCAGUGGAGCUAAUAGCGAAAUAAUGGACAGUAAUGAUGAGAUUUAUGAAACAGCUGUUCUACAACAGGACAUGGAUGAGCAUGACAGGCACAAGAAGCUGUUAGAUGCAAUGGAGGACGAGGAGGAUAAUGCGUCAACGACAUCGCCAAAGCGAAAAGAAAUGAGCAAUGAAUCGUUGAAUGCAGUAAGGACACAAGUUCACAGUAAUGACAUGUUGGCCGGCUCAGCGGACGACGAAAUGUUGGAUAGCAGUACUUUAAUUAAUUUCGCAGCAGCCAAGUUGCCCAUAGCCUCGCCGCCUACAGCGCUGCCCGUAUCCAUGAGUACAAUGAUACCAGCCUAUGUGCGAAAGGGAAAAGCUGAGCAAUUUCCGCGCACCAUAACUAGCGACACUGUGUCAGUAGAGGAAGCUGACGCGAACGUCUCAACCUCCGACUAUGUGGAUGACGAAGAGCAUUUGAAUGAAAAAGCCACCAAGACAAAUAAAAUCAAUCCAAUCGCAAUGAAAUUGUAUAAUCACGCAGAAACGGAUGACAACACGCUGAAGGAUCAGCAGCCAGCGCCACCAUCGCAGAAGGAGCAACAUCGAUCACCUGCAUUACAGUCAAGGAAACAGCAUUUACAACCGAAUAGCUCAGAUGAUGAGGACUACUACGAGGACUCUCAGGACAGCUCUUCUGAGAAACAGCAAAUGCACCAACGCGUGGAAGGUGCGAUGCGACCACUGAUGGCACCUGCGCUGCCACUAACGCCUUCGCCGACCGCUUCACAGCCAACAUCAGCGCGUUCCGCUGUCGAUUUAUAUCAAUUUCCAAACGUAGAUAUGGCGCGUGCACAUCCACCUGUUCUGCAAGUACGUGGCGCCGCUCGGACUACAAAUGGUCCAACAGUAAUGGCCGCCACAGCUGCGCCAACAACUGUGGCAAUACCAGUAUUCGACGAGAACUCUAUCGACAUUAAUGCGCCAAGCAUUGCGGUAACCACAAACUCGGCAACAGGCUUGGAAGCGGAAUCAGCUGCCGUUGCCACUCCAACUACAACAAUACCACUGACGACGCCAACAACAACAACAACAACGAUGACAAUAACAAGCAUACGCCCUCUGGGUAAGCAGGGUAAACAAAUAAAUAUACCACGCGGCCGCAAGCUGCUGCCGCACGAACAAUUACGCAACUACAUUGAAGAUGCCUACAUACGAAUGCCAUUAGCUGUUAUUGUCGAUCCAUCGGCAGAUGCGCUGGACAAGACGAAGGCGCUGUGGCGUGACGCGCUACGCACCAAUCUGAAUAUAAAAAUUGUGUUGGUCUCGCUGAAUGCUUCAGGAAUUCCAGCAGCUUAUAGCUUUAAUAACCCCCGCCAAUUCCUCGCCGGUUUGAAUGGCAUCAAAGUACACGACGGUGGUAAUUCUUUUAUAGGCAUUGUACACGCUUCAGAACUGGUGCCAUAUGAUAGCGCCGUGUUUAUAUCUACCGCAGUGAUACCACCGCACACGGAGCUGGUGCAGGAUGCAGCUAUAACGCUGCUGAAAAAGCGCAUAAGGCUCUACCUCAUCUGGUAUGGUGAACGCUCGGCAAGCGAAAAUGAAACGCAGGAAGCUGUAGGAGGCAUACUUGGCGAGGUGGCCAUACGUUCGGGCGGUGAAGUACUUCAUCUUGUGGGAAGUGAAAACUCACAGGAACUGGAGGGCAGCACGGUAAGUGUCGCAAAUGUAUUU